UAUGACAGAAUAGAAGGGAGUGGGCGUAUUCCUUGAAUUGCAUUUCGAAAAAGCUACGGACUGUUUAACGAAAAGAUAAUCCUUGUCGUUAUUUCUCUGGAACAAAUCUGGAUGCGCCACUUGUUAUGCUUACGACCAAUAGGAUUUAACUAAAUAGUUUACGUUUAAACUUUAACACUAAGGUAGCUGGCUGCAGUUCAUACAUACAGUUUAUGGUCCUGUUUAUUAGCCGACGCUCUCAGAAGUUCAACGAAUGCCAUGCGGAUUCCCAUCGAAAAGUAUUGUUUUACAGAGGGAAAUCAGAGAGUGGCGCCUCUGACACUGGAAGUAAAGUAUCUCUCUGUGUAAUACUUAUAUGGUAUUUUUCAUUUCAAUCUACUUCAUGGAGGAAUGUGCAUGCUCUGUUCCAUAAUCAAUUGACGGGUGGACCUCCGGGGGCUGGCAGAGAAAACCUGGAUGACUGGAGAGUUGGCACUACGCUGAGCCUCGCAGUACAGUAAAACCCAGACUCAUGCUUUUGUUUACAGACUUUCACCUGAACAACGGUUUGGAUACAUCUUUCAACAAUGUUGCGACUGGCCUGUAAACAAAUAAAGCGGGCGUGCGGUAGGCCCAAAUUAUGUUUCCGAAAACUCAAGAAGUCCUGGAUACAUUGAAUACGAUUUUUGUCAAAGGAAUAACCAGCGCCCAGGUGCACGUUCACAAAGUAACUGUUCCGGCACCCGAAUUGCUGCACUCUUUUGUUUCAAGUUUGUUAUAGUAGGCCUAGAUGGAGUUUUGGCUGACUCAUUUUAGUCUUGCCAUUUUAUUAUUUUUAGGCUUAAUUACUUUCAACAAAAUAAUACAUAUUUUACAUUUGUGAGUCGGUGUUAAAAUGGUUGAAAAUCGGUGCUCCGUUCAAAGGGAAGGGGUCUACCACUGGUUCUCGAUAUUGAACUCGGCCCAGAGAGCCGAGUUCCUUUGUGGGCUUUUGGACCUCUGUGUUCCAAUCGAACUACGCUUCCUCGGGUCCUGCUUGGAAGACUUAGCCCGCAAGGACUAUCACUCCCUCAGGGACGCCGAGAUCAAAGCCAACAACCCUGCUGACCUCUCGAACCUUACCAACAUCACCGACGACGUCGUGAGGAGCAAGCUGCUCAUCUCCCUCGCACUUCUCAACUCGGACAACCGAGAUGCGGCGGGUGUUCUCUUCCGAACGCUCACGCACAUCGACAGCGUCAUCAACAACUAUGGCCUGCAGCUCAACGAUGGACGAACGGGGGAGCAGUUCCUUCUCCUCUUCACCAUGGCAUCCAAUCAUCCGGCGUUCAGCUUUCACCAGAAACAGGUGCUAAGACAGGAGCUGACCCAGAUCCAAGAGAUCCUGCAGGUCACCUGUGGAGAGCAGCAGGCCGGGACUGGCGCGCUGGCCACCCUGUCUCCCGCCACUAGCAUCCCUACCUACAUCACUGCGCCCACCCUCAACUCCAGUCAGACUGGGUGUCCAUGUUGUCAUAAGACACUGCACCGAGAGGACGGUGCAGAGCGAGUGGACGAGGGGAUUGGUCCAGAACCCAUGCCUCACAUGACAUCUCUCUCAUGCAAGGAGCUGCCAGUCAAGGUGCAUGUUGGGAAACCGAGCAAAGUGAACAUAGAGAGGAUAGAGCUGAGUGGAGUGACUCACAAGGGGGAGAAACCAAGUGAAUAUAUGCUAGAGGUCACAUGGUCAGACUCCUCUGUUUCCACUGUGAGCAGGACUCACCAGGAGGUGCUGAACUUUCUCUCCCAGGUCUCCCAGCUUUUCCCUGAUGAAGGUCUAGAGAAGUUCCUGCUUCAGUCCCUUGGCCUUGAUCAGACCUCUGAGCUGGACCCCAGGUGCCUGACAGUGCUUCCAGCCCACAUUCUCAAACACUACCAAGCCGAACUCUUCUUCAGCACUGCCACCAUCGCCCUCUCCCCCCCUCCCACUACAAGUCUUGGGUGCUUGUUUCAAUACAGAGGAGCCAACAGGGCUUUAUGUGGUGUAGCCAGUAUCCAGACAGUCAUGAGCGUUCACAACUCCAUUCAGACUCGCUCUCCUACCCAGCUGCCCCCCCAGGGCACUGUGCCUAUCCUUCCUCCCGGUGGGGUGGGGGUAGCAGGGGGGGAUAACGCAUUCCCUCCCGGCCACCUCCAGAACCCUGGUCCUCCACUGCAGAGCAGCCCAGAACAGAAUGGCAUCCUGGACUGGCUGAGGAAACUCCGCCUGCACAAGUACUACCCAGUGUUCAAGCAGUUGACCAUGGAGGAGUUCCUUGGACUCACAGAGGAGGAUCUGAACAAGUAUGACCUCACCCAGGGAGCCAAGAAGAAGCUGAAGACGCAGCUGGAACUGCAGAAGGAGAAGAUGGAGAAGAGGUAUAUGUUGUCCCAGUUCCCUGUGUCGUGCAGUGGCAUCGCCAGGGUUACUCCAUCCAGCCACAUAGGCCCAGUGGCACACGUCUACUCAAGUAGCAACACAGAGCUGUGUGUGGAGGUAGAGACGGGCGUGCACCCUCUCACCCGGGACAGCAGCUCCUCUUCAGGGUAUUCCAGCGCACCGUCCAGCCCCAUGACCCCUCACUCUCUGUCUUUGUCCCGUGAAGGGGCCUUCAACAGGGCCAAGGAGCCACACAGACGGAUGGAGUCAGGACAAGAACUAGGAGAGAAGGACAGGACUUACGUUCUCCUAAACUCCACCGUUACAACAGGGCCUAGUCGGCCCACUGCUCAAGUUCUGCCCGUGCAGAAUGAUCCUACUCCCUGCCCCUCGCACAUGAGCCUCCCUCCUCCCUCCCUAAGCCUACAGUCACCAGGACGCAUCCUGGGUUCCCCCUGUAAGCCCCGGCUACCUCCCUUCUGCCCUGAUGAGCGGGCCAAGCCCCUGGGUUCAGGUGUGGCUGUUGGGGUCCGACUGGAGAGAGUGUUCCCUGGCCUGAGUGUGGACAGUAUGGGGUCCCCUCCCCUUCGCCAGGACUCUGCUGGGCCCCGGGGGCCCUCUGGGGUCACUGUGCUGCGCUCCCCUCCAGUCUUGAUGGUGGACACCAGUUCCGCCCUCACCACAACCUCCAACACCCUGCACCACGUCUCACACCCCCCUCUACACCUGCAGGUGUCCCCCUCUCUACGGCAUACUGGACACUACCCCUACCCCUACUCUUCUGCCUCCUCUUCCCCUUCCUCCUCAUCUCCUGCCUCCAAGUUAGCUUUUCCGUCUGUGGGUGGCAUUCACAUGGGAACUGCGAGCAGUGUUCCCAUGGCAGCGGUGCCAGGCAACACCUACUGUGUGAACAGUAGGUCCGCUGUCCAACCCAGCUCCAGUCCCACCUCCACGGACACCAGCAGCUACGCUGUCACUUCUGGCUCCACCCCUACCUCCUCUGUCUGCGUCUGCAGCUCUUGUGGCUGCAGUGGGAACUGUGGCUCCUACGGGGCCCUCCCGGCCAGCUAUGCAGGGUACUUCCAGCACCCCUUCUCAGGGACAUCAGUGUUUCCCCUGGGGCCCCUGCUUCACCUCAGUCCCCUGCUGGCUGGGAGCAGCACUGCCACCCCCUUCCCCUACCCCCUGGUGGCACCGCCCCUCUACAACAGCAGUGUGUCUCACAGCCACGACACCCAGGGGCAGCAGGGGCUUAUCCUGCCCCCUAUGCAGGGCUUCCUGGGGGCUGGUGCCAACGUGCACAAGCCUCAUGGGGGGGUGGGGAACGGAGGGCAUAGGAAGCCAGGAAGCUUGUCCUGCUACAACUGUGGGGUCACCGGCCAUCGGGCACAGGAAUGCAAGCAGCCACCCAUGGACGCUGCUCAGCAAGGCACGUUCCGGCUGAAGUAUGCUCCCAAAUCAGACAGCCAGGACUCUGGGGACUAAGAACAAGGAACUCCUGUGACCCCUGUGCACAUCAGCACCUUAUGAUCCUCCUGGUGGAGGAGUCCCUUUCAUUUAGGUAACUCUUUGACUCUUUGAACACACUUUGAUGAUUGGAGAAUGAAUGGUGGCCUGAGGCCACUUAACUCGACUGAUGAAAGUCGAAGCAUGGAGUCAGUUUGGAAGGAGAUAUUAACCCCAGUCCAUCUGUACCAUAUGAUUUUGAUCAUACCAAAUACAAGAGAUGGUCAGGUCUAAACCCUGAGGCCGAGGGUAUACAGUGUUUUCGAAUGGGAAAUGAUUUAGCUGUACAAAAUCCACAGUUGAAAAUAUGAUGCAAUACUUCUCACACUACUUGGUACACACCUCAGCCUCACUCAGUCAAUCGGUCAAACUCCACAGACCUACACCUUUCAUAACAACUCAUGCGGUAUGCAAAGAUGUCCUCUUAAGUCGCUCUGGAGAUGAGUUGGAUGUAUCUGAGAGGAUGCUGAUGUGUGAAUGUAAAGACUUACAGUAUAAUAUGACUGCCAAAUAACGCACAUUGACUGACUGACUACCAAAUCCUUCUCCGCUGGGACAGAGCAGGUCUGUGAGAAACACAGAGGAAGAGAAGCGAGUGCUUUAUUCUUCACAUCAUUCGCUGUGGGUACUUUGCCCUAUACAGUGCAGGUAUUAAUGGUGAAAGAAAUGGUGCGAGCAUUCUUAGUUUAGAUUUUAAGAUGUGCCAUUUGAUAUUUGUGUUGUUUAAUCAUUUAGAAGUUGGAGCAGUCUAAUUUUAUAAUCAUUGUCGAAAUGUGUGUAGGUUUUAGUUGUAUGUAUAAGGUUAUGUAUGUUUCAUUUUAUAAUAGUUGGAUUUGAUGUGGUGAGGUGGUGCUAUGUAAGAGGAUCCUUUUUGAAAAAGAUUUGAUAUUGAAUGUCAGAGAAUGUGUCCUUGAGUUGCCACCAUGGUGUGGCAUGUGAAAGCACUUUUAUGAGAUCGGCUGGUCCCAGUCCAUUGGAUGCGAGUGUGACAUGAGGACCGUAGUCCUCAAGGAUGGACAAGUUAUUAUCGUUUUUUUGUGUUGCACUGGAAUGUUCCUAGCCAGGUCUGGAGGACACAAUUCAGUCAUAAGGGACAUUUUGUUAUAAAUGAUGUUUAUGAAAUGCUCGGGGCCAUGACUGAAUUCAAACUGAGUUGGUUUUGGGGUGUGGUUUGAUGUGGGUGUCUUUUGUGUGUGUUCGCAGGUGGGAAGAGUUAGCCAAAUUAUUUUGCCAAUUUGCUUCAGCCAGCUUGUCCGCAACCUCUGCAAAGUUGAUUUGACUUUAGAUAGCCUAUCUUCUGGGCUAGUUAGGGACCGUCAAUAAAUGACACAAUAUAAAUUAGACUAUUUUCAUAUUGCAGAACUUUUCAUUUUCAUUAAAUGCUUUCAAUAUUUGCAUAUGCAUUUCUACAAUUUAUAUUUGGUUUGAUGUUUUAAGUCAUUGAAAUGUGGAGCUAUUGAAUUCUUACAUAUUGUCCCUUGUAUAUUGUGUAAUUUACAGAUGGUCCAUAACUAGCCCCAUAAGGAUAUCCAAAGUCAACCCAAUUUUACCACAGGCAUUACGAUUGUGUUGCGUGCAGCUCCACUCUGAAUUGAUGAUUACUUGUGUGCAGUCAGCUGUGGGCACAUGGGCAGGAUUUAAACAAACCCAAACUUCAUUUACAUUGUGAUGCAGUCACGACCACAACACUUACAAAACUCUGUUUUAGACAAGGCUGACUUUAUGACCAAAAUGAUCCUAUUUACACUUCGUAGUCAAUUUUGACCGUAUAAUAAAUGUUUCUGACUCAUUCUGAUGCCACAUAUGCUGUUUUCUAAAUGCUAUGUUUUUUGGGGGGGCUGUUGCUCUUUAAGACUUUAAGACUGACAAAAUCAGGAUCCUUUGAAACAGGAAACAGAUUUACAGUAGUUCUAUUCUGCUGGAUGUGAUCUGGUCUGAGGACCAAAGAUCAAGGAUUGUAUCUGACCAUCUGUAGAGUAUUGCAUGCUGGGGAAUGUUGUAUUUUUAAAAAGUGUCAAACCUUUUCACCACAUCGGUACUGUCUAGUUCUCAUGGGUGUAAUAGAGCUUACAGUGAGAACAUUACUGUAACAGUACACCACAUACAGAACUAGCAUGCAUUUUUUAAAUAUAUUUUGUUACAUUGUGCCUAAUGAAUACACCCUGGUUCACGCUGCAAACAUUGUGUAAACCAACUGCUUUCAUUAUAUCAUUCAAAUGAAAAGAGUGAUAUGAUUGACUAUUUGAAAUCAUGUUUGUGCACUAAGCAGUUUACCCUGGAUGUCUUAGCCACCCUGAAUGGUACAAUCAUUUACUAAAGAAAAUGUAUGGACAUAAUAAAAUGACACCAUAUUGUUUGAUUCUGGAACUGGUUCACCUUACUUGGUUCCAAUGAGGUUGUUGUCAAACAUACAUGACACCCCCCUGUCCAAAAGACAAAUCUAAUUAGCUGGUAUUAUUUGAAUGUAACAUAGCUAUCUUCUUAGUCAAUAGCUAUGCAUGUUGCUUGAUCUCAAGUAAACAUUUUGUGCAUUUAAAAAGGAGUUUUAAAACAUUUGGUAUAUUUUGAAGCAGAUUUGAGCUUAAAGGGCAAAUCACUUGUUCAUUUUUAUGUACAAUUUUUAUAUUGUAUGGUGUAGUGUGUUUAAGAAUUGUUUGUUUUAUAUACUGCAUCAAAAACAUUGUAAAAGACAUUAAAAUGUUUUCGGUUUC